GAGAGAGAUGACAAUUCAAUUGAAUUAUCAGCUUCACACAUCAACUCUGAAGCAUGUCAAACAACUCAAACCACCCCUCUCUGCCACUCCUCAACGUUCGGCGACUUUUCAAGUCAAUGCAGUCGCCGGAAAAGCCCAGCAACUGAUACAGUCCGGCGAGGUCCGGCCAAUACUGGCGAAGGAUGCGACCUCUGCCAUGAAGUCCGAAGGCUACAAACUGGUGGACAUCAGGCCUGAGUGGGAGUGGGAGAAGGCACGUGUUUCAGGGUCACUGCACGUGCCACUCUUCGUCAAAGACAUGGAUAGCAGUCCCAUUACACUGUUGAAGAAGUGGGUACAUUUUGGAUACAUUGGGCUUUGGACUGGCCAAAACUUCACCAUGAUAAACCCCGAUUUUCUUCAGCAAGUGGAGAUAGAGGUUCCUGAUAAGGACACUAAGCUUCUUGUUGCUUGUGGGGAAGGAUUAAGGUCCGUGAUGGCAGUUUCAAAGCUACACGAGGGAGGAUACCGGAAAUUGGGAUGGUUGGCCGGAGGUUUCAAUCGUGCUGGAGAUGGUGAUUUCCCAGAUGUUGAAGGUACUGAAAAGUUACAGUAUGCCACAAUUGGAGGUGUCUCAUACUACUUCCUUCAAUUGCUCAUUCUAUUAAAAGCUGUGGGAAGUUAAACAUUGAUCGGAUGAAAUAAAUAUGGUAGUCUCUUUCUCAGUUUGUGCUCACCAAACUAAGCAGAUUCAGCUGUCAAUGGUAUUGCUUUUGAGCAUAUAAACACACCAAGAUUUCCAUGGGUUUGAGUUCAAUAUUUAUCAUAUGUUGUUGUAAGAGAAACUGCAAAUGACCCAAUACCGUUUUGGUUUCUUCAAUUUUCAGUAUGUUCAAACUCUCGGCGUUGUCAUAUUUUUUAACUUUGUAAAUGCGCUCAAGUCGUUUUAGUGCAAAAAUUGUUUGAACUUUGUUACAAUAAUUCAGAAUUUUCCAACAGAAUCGGACACCCUUCAAUGAGCUUGAAGGUGAAUGAAGAUCUGCAUUUUCCUUGAG